AUGGGUGGUGUCCUCGCUAUCCCAGCCCUUAUCCUGCCCUCUGCGGCGACGCUGUGGUCAGUGGCAGCCUCGUGCUGCGGCGCAGCAUCAUGUUCAAUGAUCUGUGGACCUUGUGGCAUGUCCAAGUUCCGAUCCUCCAUCGCCACGAGAAUUGCCUAUGCCAUGAUUCUGCUGGUCAACAGUAUUCUGGCCUGGAUAAUGCUCACACCUUGGGCCAUCAAAAAGCUGGAACACCUGACUCUGGAUUAUAUGACCUUCAAAUGUGGUUCAUCUGAGUGUUAUGGGUAUUUUGCGGUUCAGCGCAUCAAUUUUGCCUUGGGCAUGUUCCAUCUGAUCCUCUCCGUCCUGCUCAUUGGAGUCCGAAGUACCAAAGACACCCGAGCAGGUCUGCAGAAUGGCUUCUGGGGUCCGAAACUGCUGGUUUGGAUCGGCUUCAUCGUCAUCUCUUUUUUUAUUCCCGAGGGCUUUUUCAUGUUCUGGGGGAACUACGUCGCAUAUGUGGGGGCGAUGCUCUUCGUGCUCUUGGGGUUGAUUCUUCUUGUCGAUCUCGCGCACACGUGGGCAGAACUCUGUCAGGACAAGAUUGAUGAAGGUGAUGGGCCCAACUACCGGCUGUGGCAAGUUUUACUUAUGGGGUCAAGCUUGGGGAUGUAUCUGGCUGCACUCGCCAUGACGAUCGUCAUGUACAUCUUCUUUGCCAGCAGUGGGUGCAGCAUGAACAUCGCGGCCAUCACCAUCAACCUCGUCCUCCUCUUUGUCGUGACGUUCCUGAGUGUUCAGCCGACGAUUCAAGACGCCAACCCAAAAGCAGGUCUGGCACAGUCAGCCAUGGUGGCAGUUUACUGCACCUACCUUACGUUCUCGGCGGUUGCCAUGGAACCUGAUGACAAGCACUGCAAUCCCCUCAUCCGUGCGCGGGGAGCACGGACAACUACGGUGGUGCUGGGGGCGAUUGUGACCAUGCUCACCAUCGCAUACACGACGACGCGAGCAGCUACACAAGGGUUUGCCAUGGGGUCGAACACGGGCAAGAACCGAUACGCUCAAUUGACGCAAGAUGAGAACGAACACGGGCUGGUGUCUCAGCAGCCAGCGUCACGGCGCGAGAUCAUGAGGGCGGCGGUGGAAAGCGGGGCGCUCCCGGCGUCGGCGCUGGACGAGGACUCGGAUGAUGAAGAUGGCGGUGAAGUCAGCUCCAAGGACGACGAGCGCCAAGGGACGCAGUACAACUACAGCCUGUUCCACGUGAUUUUCCUCAUGGCGACAUGCUGGGUGGCGACGCUUUUGACGCAGAAAAUGGACCCGGAGAAUUCGAGCGACUUUACCCCGGUGGGUCGGACAUACUGGGCGAGCUGGAUCAAGAUUAUCAGCGCAUGGAUAUGUUAUGCCAUCUACAGCUGGACGUUGGUGGCGCCGAUGGUGCUGGAGGGGCGAGAUUUCUCAUGA